GUUCUCAGCGGACUCACUCACUCACUCCAACUCCCAUUGCAGCUCUAACGCACAUUUCCCCUGAUCAACCUCACGCCAUGUCAUUCCUGCCCUCCGAUGAUGGUGCCUUUCAAUGGCGUGGAUUCAUGCUUGACGCCUGCCGACACUUUUGGCCAAUGGAAGAAGUCCGACGCCUGGUCGAUGGCAUGGCCUUGCUCAAGCUCAACGUCCUUCAUUUCCACUUGUCAGAGGAUCAAGGCUGGCGAUUCGAAUCUAAGAAAUGGCCAAAGUUGACCGAGAUCGGAGCUUGGAGAGACGAAACCUUGGUCGGUCGUCCUGCCAAAUGGGAAGAUGGAAAUCUUUACCCCGAGUCAUACAAAGACAAGUUUGAUGGCAAGAAACACGGAGGAUUUUACACUCAGGACGAGCUCAAAGAACUCUGUGCCUAUGCCAAGAAAAAGGGAAUCACUGUCGUCCCCGAGAUCGAUAUGCCAGGUCAUAUGCGAGCUGCUCGAGCUGCAUACCCUGAAUUAGGAUACGACGGCAAGGUCCUCAAAGUUGGAAAAGCUUGGGGUGUCUAUCCUGAGGUCCUGCGAGUCGAUGAACUGGGCCUGAAAUUCUGCAAAGACAUCCUCGAUGAACUUUGCGAGGUGUUCGACUCGCCUUAUAUUCACAUCGGAGGAGACGAAUGUCCUAAAUCUGAAUGGGAGGAAUCUCAAACGGCCAGAGAACAGUUGAAAGAGAUUGGCGGUAAACACAUGGACGAACUUCAACGACACUUCACCACUCAGAUCGCUGCCUACUUGCAUGAAAAGGGGAAGAAGAUGCUUGGUUGGGACGAGAUCAUCGAUGGAGGUGUCCCUGGAGGUGAUCCCAUCGUGGUCGCAUGGAGAGAUUGGACAAAAGCAGCUCAGAGGUCAACAGCUGCCGGCGUCCAAACCAUUCAAGCGCCCGGAUUACUCUACUUUGAUCACGCGCAAGGACCAGUAGACAAGGAACCGCUGUCCAUCGGACCUGGUGCAGACCUCGAAGCAGUGUAUGCUUUUGACCCCUACAAGGGUAUCGAGGAGGAACACAAGGACCUCAUCUAUGGAAUGCAGGCUCAAAUCUGGACAGAAUACGUCCCCACAAUCGACCAUCUCUGGUACAUGGUCUUCCCGCGACUCAUCGCUCUCGCCGACGUCGCUUAUCUGGGUGACAAACGACCUUCUUAUGAGGAGUUCCGCAAGGGAUUGCCGGCCAGGUUGGAAGAGUUGAAGGCUCUGGGAAUCGGGUCUCACCCGCUCUGAGUGGGGGCCGGGAAAGGACAUUUGUGAAAUCAUUGCACACUGAAUGCAUUUUGUGAUGG